UCAACAAGUAGUAGCAGCAACAGUUGCCCUAGUGCAACUAAUCACAGUCUAAAGCCAUUUAAACAAAAAUUUAAAAAGCUUGAGAGCCGAGCCAGCCGCCAGUUUAAUCCCAGUCAGACACACACACACACGUAUGACGGCCAUGAAGUCGGACAUCUUAACGCUUUGCAUCUUAGCAGCCACGAUCUUGGGCAGCACACGUCACGCCAUUGGCUUUCUAACAGCUGAGGCAGCCAGCGCGCCCUUGGACAGCGCUGGCUUUGAUGGCGAGCAGCAGCAACAGCAGCAGCAGUCGCGUCACUUUAAUGGCCUGCUUAACUUGGAUGCCGCACUGCAGUCGCGUCGCCAGUUACACGCGCCAGAGCGCAACGUUUACGAUCCUGGUGAUGAAUUGCUGCAGGCACUGGACGCUGAGCUGGGCCAAGAGCUACAGCUGGAGCCAGACUAUGCGCCAAUUGCUGAGCAGCAGCAGCAGCAGCAAGUGGCCAGCAAUAAAUAUGAUAUGCUCAAGAGAAUGGAAGAGGAUUUGCGUGACGAGCAGGAGCUGGUGGACAAAUCCGCUUUGCUUAUGAAAAUGCUCGAGGAUCCAACGCUGGAUACGCUGCCGCUGGUCUAUGUCGAGGAGCAAGAGCUGCCCGCUCAGCUAGCGCCAGACACAACAGUUGACUACCCGGAGCUGAAUAAUGAGCAAGGACUGCAGGCACUGAUGCUGGGCGAGGGCAAGGCCAAGCGCUCGCGGUAUUAUCGUCGAUUCCCCUGGAAGCGUCACACGCGCACUCGCGGCAGUGCUUAUAUGAAUUCUAUUAACAGCAACUAUGAACCGGAGCUGCGUUACGCCUGCACACCCAGCAAGGAGGAUAUCUACAAGCUGCUCGUCAAUCUUCACGAGAAUCGCAAGGGCAAUCACAGCAAGACCGUUAACUUCUGCAAUCGCAAGCGACCAGCCAAGGCGGUCUUCACCAACAUACGCUUCCUGGGCUAAGGGCCAGAGACAAGCAGCCAAUCCGAAGCACACACACACACGCACACGCACACACUGGACAUGGCAGACGGCAGGACAUAUGUAUACCAAGCAAACAAUUGACGACAGCGCAGCGAGUCGAUGAGCAAGCACUAACAAUUAAAAGCAGCAACAGUCUUCAAGCCAAACAACAACAACAACAAUUAACCAACUAACUAACUAUAUUAACAGUAUUUUAGCCACACUAAUAGACAGCGCACAUAGAUUCAAGCCACAACUUUAGCAUUUAACUUUAAUCUCUAAAUGUUUUGUAUAUACUUGUGUUUAAUAACUAAACUAAUGUUUUGUCUGUUUAAUUGUCAUAUCAUAACCACAAUGUUUUUAUUUUGUAGCAAACAGCAACUAUAACUAUUAAUGUGUAUAUAUGUAUAUGUAUGCUUAACAAUAUGCAUAACUAUAAACUAAUCUAUGUAAUGCAUGUGUAAAGUUGAAGCAAGCUAUUAAAUUAAAUAAAUAU